AUGGUGCACGCCGGGCUGAUGGUGCUCUUCAGCCUGACAGCCGGCGCGAUGGCCGGCCUGGCGUCGGCGGCCUCCGCGACGACCAUUGCCUUCAAGUCGCUGCUGGUCUUCUGCUUCGGGCUGCUGGGGCUGGCCCUGCUAACGUUGCAGAGCUCGCACCUGUAUAGCCGCCGCUAUGCCGCGUUCUUCGCCCUGGCCGUCGGUGGCAUCAGCUGUGGGCCGAUCUUCCUGCUGAGCCCGCUGGAGGUCGGCACGACGGCCAUCGUGGUGGCCUGCAUCAUCAUCCUGGCGGCGCUAACCUACGCCGUGUUUAACACCCGGCGCAUCCUCCACUCUUGCACCCCGGGGGAGGUGGUCCCCGGGACGGUCAUGCUGCUGACUGAUCCUGUGCGCGUGCCAGCCCUCUUCCUGUGGCAUCUCCUCCGGCGGAGUCGCCUGUUUGGCGGGUCUCGCGGCGGGCACGACGCCUUCCCCUCGCCAUGA